UAUCGUCAUCUUUUUCAUUUCUUUGCAUAUUAAUUUCGUUUCCCAAUGAGAGUGAGAGAGAGGGAGAGAGAUGGCCAGCAGUUGUUUCCUUGGUUUUGGUCUGGUAAAAGCUUGGGAGUGAGCGUCAUAAACCACUAAGAUAAAAAGAGAUAAAAUGCAGUGUGUGGAAGAGAGAGAGAAGAUACCUAAAACUCACACUGCUCUGCGUAUUAAUUUCAUCAAAUCAAAUACAAAACUCUCUCUCUCUCUCUCUCUCUCUCUCUCUAGCGUUUAUGCUUUCAUGGAUCCGCUUUUCUCGCUUUUUCAUGAUGAUCAGUGAUCACAGCAUCCCCACAAGCUUUUCUUCUGCUAUUUUUCCACUCCAAACUCUCACAAACCGUGACCAGUCCUAAUCCUACUCUUUUCUCUGCAGCUCAGAAGUCCUCAACACACAUACACACACUAGUACUACUGCUUCUGCUUCUAGCUUCUGUCAUUUUCAUAUUUUCAUUCCUGUUUUCCCAUUGUUGGAGAAGCUCUAGCAAUUGCUUUUCAUCCAUCCAUAGACCUUCCACCAUAUCAAUCCUUCUAGUUUCCGUUGAAAAGCCAAAAGCAGUUUUCUCCUUUUUUCUACUUGUUAUGGGAAUGAGGGAGUGGUAUUGGGGCUCUGGAAAAUCCUCCAAGAGAGGUAGAGGCAGUGGAGGACCACCAGACGAAGACAUCACCACAUCUUCUGGUUGCAUGUGUGCCGUCUUUCAGUUGUUUGACUUCCACCAACUUCAGCUUGCCAACUUACACCACCACCAACAACCUUCUUUCGACCCAGAAGAUCUCACAGUACCAAAAGGUGUUGAAGCACCUAGAAAUAGCUUGGAUUCAUCAGAAGGGACUUCACUGUCAUCUAUCACAAAAGAAGAAGAAAAUUUAAACAGUCCAAUUUUGAAGUUCCAGAAAAGUAUGCAGAUCAAAAUAACCAAAGCAAGAAUUCCUUCAGUUGAUUUUUCAUCAGAUAUUAGCUCACCAGGCAUGACAAAGACUCCAAGUUUGGUAGCAAGGCUAAUGGGUCUUGACCUUCUUCCUGACCAAACAAACUCACCCUGUUCAACUUCAACAUCCAGUACCACCGGUCAUAAAAAAAAUACAAAGUCCAGGAAACCACUCAAAGGUAGAGCAAGACGACAUGCCGUGGACACGAGUGACAUGAAUGCUACAGCUGGAACUCGCUCACUGCCUGAGACUCCGAGAAUAUCAUCAGCCAGAAGAUCGGACGUCGAUCUUCACCACCGGCUUUCGCUUCAAAUCAACAAAGAAAAUGUUGGGGUUUCUGAGGACUUGGAUUUUUCCAAGUCAUCGUACAAAAGGAGGGACUCAAAGCUGAUUAAUUUUGGAGACCAUGAGAACGUGAAAAGCCCAAGUCACUACGCUAGGCAAAUUGUGAAGCAGGUGAGGGAAAGUGUGAGUAGGAGAGUUGGUUUGGACAUCACAAACACCCCCAGAUCAUCAGUCAACAGAGACAACAACAAGCAAGGCAGAGAUGAGCUGCUUCUCCAACUCAAAUCCAAGAACAUUGCUAAUGCUGCUUCAAAAAGUGCUUUCGCAAAGGAAGGAAGUAGUACUCCAGCUUCUUGUUCUCCCAGGCUCAGAGUCUUGGACUCCAACAGUCCCAAAGAUCAAGCACUUCCUCCAAAACCCAAAUCACCUCUAUCGUCUUUACCUCUAAAGCCAAAGCCUUUGCAGCCUUUGAAAGAAGAUCAGCAGCGGCAGAAGCCGAAAAGCCAGACUGCUUCAGUUCAGAAGCGUAGACCAAAAUCAGCAGAUGAUAUUGGAUACGGUCCAAGGCUGAAGAAUAAGCAGAAGGAAGAAGCAUUCGUGAGUUCAUCAACGGCUACAAGAGCCAUCAGUAAUAAUCAUAUUAUUCCAGGUGACAAGAAUUGCAAGAAAACCCAAUUAUUAUUGUCAAGCAAUGUCCCUACCCUUCUUGUUGUCAAGAAAGAUCCUUCACCUCCAGAUACCAAAAUCCCCUCAAAACAGCAGCAGGCACAACAAGUAAAAUCUGAAGCCCAACAAUCGAAACGUAGGUGGUCACAGUUAUCUAGUUCCACGAGCCAUACGUACUACAAACAUCAACAAGUGACCCGGGUCCCCCACGUGCUCGCCACCCGACACUGCAUCAACUUUACCGGCGACAUCCCUAACGGUAACGCCGGCACCAACACCAGAUCAACCACCGGCGCUGGUGGAGCAGAGGCAGAGCGGCACCUGUACGUCACAAGAAUAUUAGCCCGUACUGGCAUCGAUAAAGACACCCUAGUCUCCUUCACAAAUUGGUUCUCUCCUUCCCAUCCCCUCGACCCCUCCAUUUUUUACCACCUCGAACGUUCUUACUCUACCGCUAGCGGUAAAAACGAGUUUUCGAGUUCGCUUGGUCAUAGGUGGAACAGAAAACUACUGUUUCACCUUGUGGAUGAAAUUUUGGUGGAAUUUUUGAGGCCUUAUAUCAACUUAAAGCCAUGGGUUACGAGCUCAAAUAAUAUUCUAUUUGAAUAUUGCAAUGGAAUGCGUAUCAAUGGGUCACAUUUGAUCAACAUUUUGUGCUACAAAAUUCAGAGCUUCCCUUGUGCCGACUGCCAAGUUCUCGAAGACAUCAACGCAUUAAUCGACAAGGACUUGCCGGAAUCGAAGGUGCAGAGCGAAAUGGAAUUUGAGGAAGUAGCAGAAGGGAUUGUUAAGGAGGUAGAGAAGGACAUUUUGGACACUCUCAUACAUGAAACGGCUAUGUCCCUAUGGUUUUGAGUUUUACAAUUUACAAGCUCAAGAUUUUACGUCCAGAACCGGGACGUAGUAUUAUAAUGGUGGGUGCAUGUAGAUGCAGGGUCAGAGGAGAGGACUGGGGUCACAAGGGUGGAUCACGUGAUAAGAUGCUAUCGGCCCGGGGGAAUAGUUUAGUUG